CUCCUCCAUCACUUCUUCAAUGCACUGGUUCUUCUCCAUCCCCUUUACAUGCGCUUGGAAUGAGGCACAGAUCCACUGACGUAGAUGGCGCAAAAGGCUUAAGAGGCGGUUCGCGUCGGAUGGAAUCACAAUCAUCCCUGCGUUCUGGUUGAACCCAUAUAUCAAACAUGCCACUUUUCCACUCUUCCACGCAGGAGCGAGAAGAGCCUACGCCUGCACCUACGCAAACACAGGAGCCUUCGCGUAGUCGCAGCAUUUUUUCGCGUCGCUCCGACCCAUCAGACUAUGGCCAAUCAGCCAGUAGCUCUACUCAUGCAAACAGCUCUCGUUCGGGUGGUAGCUUCUUCCGUCGUCACCGCUCAUCGUCCCUCGAUUGUACCCAUGACGAUCCGAAGAAUGAUCCCUCUAUCGUCUUCGCUCGCCAGAAGGUCACUGAGGCCGAGGCUGCCGAGCGUGAGGCUGACAGAGCUUUGAUGCAAGCUCGCGCUGCGGUACAAAGUGCGAAGGAGCACGUUAGGAAUCUGGAAAGAGAGAUUUCGGAAGACGCUAAGCGUGCAAAGGCCAAGCAGUCAGAGGCUAAGAAUGUUAGCAAGAGUGCAAAAGCUUUGGGAAGGCACGGCUGAAUGCGUGAUGCCUCUGUAUCAUUAGAUGGAAUUGUCAUGUCUCCGACACUGGAUACCCUUCUAACCAGUUUGUGUUGUACUUCGUAUGCAAUACCUCCUCAAUGUAUUCUUCAUAUUCCAUAGCGUG